AUGCAUCCUUCACUGCCAAAUCCAGCCUCGAACUUAUCCCACUGGCACCGCACGACUCGAUCGUUCCCCCACUUGAACGCGAACCGGUUCGCCGAAGUCCCAUCCUCCGCCAAAUAUGUUGUGAUUGGGUCCGGCAUCACUGGAGCGGCUACUGCUUGGGAGCUGAUCAACAGCGGAGUGGCGGGAGAAGACAUUUUGAUUCUGGAGGCUAGAGAGGCCGUCUCAGGUGCUACAGGACAAAAUGCAGGACAUGUGCGACCAGACGCAUUCCGCGGGUUCCCUCGUUUUUCUGCAAUCCAUGGGACAGAACAAGCGAAACUUAUACUCGAGAAUGAGAAACUGCAUCUGCAAAGCGUCAAGGACUUCGUCGAGACUCACAACAUCAACUGCGACUUCAACUAUACUACAACCAUCGAGGUGUGCAUGACGGAAGAAUAUGCUAGUCACCUGGCCAAGGUCUUGUCCCAGUAUCGGAAGGCUGGUGGUGAUGUCUCCCAUAUCAAAUUUUACCAGGGAGAUGAAGCAAAAGCAAAGACAAAAGUCCCUGCUGCCAUUAGCGCGUACGAAUGGCCCGCUGCAUCAAACCAUCCAGGCAAGUUGACGCAAUGGGUUUUGAGCGAUGUCAUCUCGAAAGGUGGGAAGCUGUGGACACACUGCCCCGCAACCAAGAUCUCGAAGCAUCAGGGUGCAGAUGGCGCACGAUGGGAUAUUCAGACUCCUCGUGGAAUCAUUGCCGCCGAGACAGUCAUCCAUUGCACAAACGCCUAUGCUGGAUAUCUUCUACCGGAGAUUUCUGGCGUCGUUACUCCGCGAAGGGCACAGGCCCAUUCUUACGUCCCUCCCGCUUCUUUCUCCGGCGAGUCUGCGUUGAAGAGCACGCGGUCUCUCCGUUAUGGCCCAACAAACUUCUUCUCUGUGAAUCAGUUGAAAGAUGGCACUGUUAUCAUGGGAGGACAGGCUGUAAGAAGUGACGCUGAACGGACCCCGGAGUAUCUCAAGGGCAGAGUCAGCUUUGACGAUACAACUCACAAUCCACAAAUAAUGAAAAACAGCAUUGAAGAAUUCUCUAGAUUAACAGCUUCAUCCUCAAACGGGCCCACUCGACCCGGGGAAGGCUUCUCCUAUGUGUGGACGGGGAUUGUGGGAGAGACACCAGAUGCUGUGCCAUUCGUGGGUGCACUGCCUGGUUUGGAUGGGCAAUGGAUCUGUACUGGCUACAACGGACACGGAAUGGCGCGAAUCUUUCAAUGUGUUCCUGGAUUAGUGAAGCUUAUCAAUGGUUGUCACACAGUCUUCACAUUAGGACUGUUUCCUAUUGAUGUAGUAUACUGA